CAAGUUGUAGAACAUGAAAAUUUGUUUUUCAAGGGUUGUAGAUCGAAUAAGGCCCAGCAAAAAAACUAAUGGGCUUUUCCAAAGCCGAUAUAUGUUCAGGCCUCAAUGCAACUCAAAUGUUGUUCUUCUUCUUCUUCGUCUUCCCCUUCUCAGCAUUGUGCGUUGGGAUUGGCAUGAUGAUUGUGUAGAAUCCCUUGUAUGUUCUUUAUCAAAAUUUAUCGUCUGGUCCGACUUCAAUUCAAGAAGCUUGCUUCUCUUCAUGGGUUCGGCUUCGAUUGGUUAUCAAUCCGGAAUCUCAGCUCGAUUUGACAGGAAUCUUAAUCUGAGGUGGUCAGAUGCUACCCUCUCCUCGCUUCCGUGUAAAGUUGAUUUUUCCAGAAAGAGCUUCUUGUCAGCUGCAACCUCCACUCACAACAAGGAAUGUUCAAAUCGAGCUCGGGUAUGUUCUUUGCCAAAUACUGAUGAGAAACUCGAGACGCCAAUACUAGACAGCAUUGAGACUCCAUCGCAGUUGAAGAAUUUGACUGUAAAGGAGUUGAAGCACUUAGCUGAUGAGAUCCGUACUGAGCUUCUCUCUGUACUGUGGAAGACCCGAAAGUCUGUGAAACCUAGCUUGGCUGCCAUAGAGCUUACCCUUGCUCUGCAUUAUGUGUUCCGUGCCCCCGUUGACAAGAUACUGUGGGAUGCUGUUGAACAAACAUAUGCACAUAAAGUAUUGACCAGACGUUGGUCUUCGAUACCAUCAAGACAAAACAAUGGUGUUUCUGGUGUCACUUCUCGAUUGGAGAGUGAAUACGAUUCUUUUGGGACCGGCCAUGGCUGCAACAGUAUUUCUGCUGGGCUCGGCUUAGCAGUCGCUCGUGAUAUAAAAGGGAAGAGGGACCGGGUUGUUGCUGUGAUAGACAGUGUGACAAUCACUGCAGGUCAAGCAUAUGAGGCGAUGAGCAAUGCUGGUUACUUGGACUCUAAUAUGAUUGUUAUCCUAAAUGAUAACCGUCACUCUCUGCAUCCAAAUAUGGCGGAUGGAUCCAAGGCAUCCAUCAGUGCACUAUCUAGCUUCAUGAGCAAAAUCCAAUCUAGCCAAAUUUUUCGGAAAUUCAGAGAACUAGCCAAAGCUAUGACAAAGAAAAUCGGAAAGGGGAUGUAUGAAUGGGCAGCCAAAGUGGAUGAGUAUGCACGUGGUAUGGUGGGACCAACAGGAUCAACCCUCUUUGAAGAACUUGGUUUGUACUACAUUGGUCCCGUUGAUGGACACAACAUUGAAGAUUUAGUUUGUGUUCUCCGAGAAGUAGCUUCUCUAGAUUCCAUGGGUCCUGUGUUGGUCCAUGUGAUCACAGAGGAAAAGCGAGAUGCAGAAACCGCAAGCAUCAUAGUGAAAGAUAGACGCACUUACAGUGAUUGCUUUGUUGAGGCUUUGGUGAUGGAAGCCGAAAAGGAUAGAGAUAUUGUAGUAGUCCACGCAGGAAUAGAGAUGGAUCCAUCGCUUGUUACGUUUCAGGAGAGGUUUCCAGAGAGGUUUUUCAAUGUCGGUCUGGCUGAACAGCACGCUGUCACAUUCUCUGCUGGUCUUUCUUCUGGAGGUCUCAAGCCCUUUUGCAUUAUUCCCUCUGCUUUUCUACAAAGAGCUUAUGAUCAGGUGGUGCAUGAUGUAGACAGGCAGAGAAAGGCGGUGAGAUUUGUUAUUACAAGCGCAGGGCUUGUUGGAUCCGAUGGUCCUGUGCAGUGUGGAGCUUUUGACAUAGCUUUUAUGUCAUGCUUACCGAACAUGAUAGCCAUGGCUCCAGCUAAUGAGGAUGAGCUUGUGAAUAUGGUUGCAACUGCAGCUAACGUCACUGACCGCCCGGUUUGUUUCCGGUUCCCCAGAGGCGCCAUCGUCAACAAGAAUUACCUCGUCCCCACAGGAGUACCAGUUGAAAUCGGAAGAGGAAGAGUUCUAUUAGAAGGUCAAAAGGUGGCGUUGCUCGGGUAUGGAGCCAUGGUUCAGAACUGUAUUAAUGCUCACUCGCUUCUCUCCAAGCUCGGUUUGAACGUGACAGUAGCUGAUGCAAGAUUCUGCAAACCCCUUGACAUUAAGCUCGUGCGUGAUCUUUGUCAAAACCACAAGUUCCUUAUUACUGUAGAAGAAGGCUGUGUUGGAGGGUUUGGAUCCCAUGUGGCUCAGUUCAUAGCCCUUGAUGGCCAGCUCGAUGGGAAAAUCAAGUGGAGACCGAUUGUGUUACCGGAUGGGUACAUAGAAGAAGCGUCGCCUAACGAGCAGCUUGCGCUUGCGGGGCUAACGGGACAUCACAUAGCAGCAACAGCUCUGAGUCUAUUGGGUCGAACUCGUGAAGCACUGCUCCUCAUGAGCUAACCUUGGCUGCCAGAAGAUUAGAGACUUAAUGGAGGCAUCACACAUUAUAUGGCUUUCCUUUUUUACCUCUUCAGGAGUGAAUGGUGAGUGUAAUAUUAAGUUUCAAAAGUU